AACCUGUGCCUAAAUUGUGAGAAAACUUACAGUUUGACAGUCCCGCGGGCUGUGCAAGUGCGGGAUCACACUUAUUUGACUGCCGCCGCCCAAGGCCAUGGUGCACGUCAACCCGGUACAGGUGAUCGUCGACCCUAUCACCGUGCUGUGGCUGAACGCCUUCGCGUGCAACCUGACCAAGUCGCUGUCGACGGCCGGCUCGGCGCCGGCGCCGUACAUCGACCUGCGCCUGGAGGCCAUCAUGCCGCGCCUGGUGCUAGAGACGACGCACGACUACCCGCUGCAGCGCGACCGACCGAGCACGCUCCAGCUGCAGACGACCCGCCUGCUCGUCUGCAACUACCGCUCGCCCGACCCUACUGCGCCCGGGUCGCUGGCCGGCCUGACCAAGUGCCUAGAGCGGCUGCAGGCCGGCGAGAUGGCGUUCGGUUCCGACUUCCCGGCCCGCGACGGUGAUCUGCAGAUGGUGCCCGACCGGCUGGUGCAGUACACACUCGGUAAGGACCACGUGCAGCCGGCGCCGGCGGACGUGGUCGCCUCGGUGCCGGACUUCCGACGGGGCCUGCCCGGCCGCCUGCUCUGGGAGGAGCCGCGCGACGUCGUCUUCAUCCACAUGGACCCAUUCUGGGGCGACUUUUUCGGCACGUCGGCCGUGCGCCACCGGCCGGUGCCGUUCAUCGACGCCAUUCCCGUCUCCAUGUGGGUGUACCAGAACCGCAACAAGGUGGCCAGCGUCAGCGACGGCCGUGUCAGCGAUCUCACCAUGGUGCUGCACGUGCCGAGCCUGAUCAGCCUGCAGCUGAACCACUUCCAGUACCUGUUCCUGCUGCGCCAGCUGGAGCGGCUGUCGGAGAUGUCGGCGCUGCUGACGCUGGACGCCGAGCGGCUGCUGGGCGCGGCCGGCGCCGGCAGCCAGUGUGUCAGCGCCGCGUUGCCCCAGCUCGACAUCAGCCUGCUCAUGCCCUGCCUGCUCUCCAGCAAGGGACUCGUGAAGCGCGGCCUCAAUAGCUUCCUGUCGUCGCUGGACUCGGCACUCAAGAGCCCCGACGACCAGAGCGACACCAUGUCAGUCAUGUCGGACAUGUCGUCCGACUUGGACAGCUACGUGCUACUCAACCUCGAGCUUGACAAGUCGGAGUCCGUGGACCCGCUGUUUGUGGUGGAGGGGGCGCUGAAGCGGGUGCCGUCGGUGGAGAUCGCCAGCGAGGUGACUGAGGACACACACAGCGAGGUGUCGCUCUCCUCUGCCAUGCGGAAGCGGGACGUGCCGACCGCGGCGGGAUGUAGCAGGGUCAUCACCUAA